AUGCAUAUUAAUUUGGUAAUCCUAAUUACCAGUAUUCUACUGAGGCUUUCAUCAUGCUUGGACAACGUGACAGAAAGGCUGACUUUGAAGCCUCUUACCAACGGAGAUUGGUUUUUGACACUCGAUGUCUCUGUUACGUCCAGAGAUUUUGUAGAAUUGUUUGAGAAUCCAGAGGAUCCAUACUUCAUUAUGGAUGUUAUGCCUAUCGAUAUCGCAAAGCUGUAUUUAAAGACUAAAUCGCAUUGGUUUGAAGCAAAUUUAUCAUUCGGAGAAUGGAAAGAUUCUAUUUGGGGGCAUAAACCUGAAAUUUUAAUUUCCAAUGGACUUUCUUUGAUAGCUUCUUGGCCAAUCUUCGAUAAGAAGGUUGUUAAUGAACAUUUUAAAUCGCUGUGUUAUGGACUUUGGGGAAUUACAGGUUCCAUGUUUAGUAACCUCGUGAACGAGGAUUCAUACAUUCACGACAUCACAAAGUUGUAUGAAGAUGACUACAACGACGAUUCUUUGCCAAAUUCCACUGUUUUAUUAUCUUCAGACUUUGAAGAGAGAGCCUGCCUAGAUACAGUGUAUAAACUGAGGAUGCUCCUGCCCUGCUUGUGUACGAAUGGGUUGGUAAGUUUGUUGGGGGAUGAAAGAAUGUUUGUACGCUCAUCUUACAGAGGAGUGAAGUUGAGGGUAGAAACGAUAGAUGAAGAUCUUCAUUUUAGAACUCUUGUACAAUUUACUGUUUCACAAUCCAUGUUGCCAUCCUCGUUCAGUGGGUUUUUUCCAGAGGGGAAACUCCCAAUGCCAUGCGUUAGUGUUUCUGAGUCAUCGGUUAAAUUCGUUUACCCAGACUCACUAGAAUUUACAAAGUACAAUGAAUUGAGCUUAAAAUACCCAGACGAGUCAUUGAACAACAAGUACUCGGAGUUGUUAUCUAAGUUCGCUAAUGGCUAUACGAUUGUCGGAGAUCAUUCAGAAAUUGUGUUCGAGGUUUCGGAACUGGAAAGCAAAUUUUUGCGUGUUUUAAAGCGUGUCCAGUCUUCACUACUCAUUAAGGUGGAGAAUUUAUCUGAACAAACCAAAAAGCUUUGUAUCCAUCAACCACUCCCGUACUGGCUAAAACCUCUUCUACACUCAAUUGACGUAGUAGUUGUAGGUCUAACCGACGAUUAUGUACAUUACAAAUGUAGUUCAGCAAACUGUUUCACAAGAAAUGCGCAGUCCAGUCGCAAUUUUAAUUUAUUUCUGGAUAUAUUCGAAAAUCUUUUACCGUCAAAAUAUCACAAGCACCUAGUUAAAUUUUUUGAUUAUAUAAACCCUGUUCCCAAAUUGCCCUUAAGUGACCGUGAUCCCCUAAUGAUAUACAAUAUUGGUAGGCGUUGGAACAAUUUCGGCAUCUAUUUAUCCCUAGAGCCAAAGAGUGUAGUAUACAUUUCUGUUGAAUUAUCCAAGGAUAACAUUACUUAUGAAGAUAUUCAUCUAUCAGCACACAGAGGGCAGCUUGUGCCAUCAGGAAUAAUACUAGAUUUGGACAAAUUAAGAAGAUGUACUGGAUUCGACCCUUCCAACCUUGAUUUGGCUGACUUCACAAAACUCUCCAGUUUCAGUUGUCCCGACUUGUACCAUUUCACGACUUCGUUUUUUUCGCACAUUGUGUUACCUGACAACAGUAAGUAUUUAUCCAUACAUACUCACCAAUUCAUUUAG